GUGCACAAGGACAGAAAGCACCUUCGACGCCAGUGGGUUAUAAUGGAGAACGUCCAAUAGAGGAUAUCCGCGGCGGUGAUCCGAAAUGCUGUGUUUCCCGCAGAGGAGGGAUGUGACAAGGCAUCUAAGCAGGACGGGAGAUGAGAUUCACACUGUUUCGGAGACCCUCUUCUUCCUGUGAUCUCAAACAGUCCGCCUGUGAGCUGCGGGGCUUAAGGGGUUGUACGGGACACGGGGCGCACAGCUCUCAGCCGGUCCAACAUUUAAUCUUUCUGGCUUUAACCUGCCGGAGCUUUGCGGGUCUCUGAAGGGGAAGGGUAGUCUUCACCAUGAGGGCUGCUUCAGCAAACUUGUUCGCUCUUCUUUUCCUCUGCGCCCUUGCAAGUGUUUUCUACGUGUGGAGCGCGCUGGAGAACCGUUUGGAGCGACACAAACGUGGCUUCUCGGUUCCGGGCGGAGGGUCUUUUCACCAAGGUCUCCCAGCGGACCUCUCCGCCAAAACUUUCCGGGCAUUGCUCGCGGUACCAGCGGCACAAAGACCGCAUUUGGGGGGCAGACUUGAGGCUCGCAACCUCACUGAUCAAACUGCAUCUGCAGGAAACCGAGAUUACCAUGUGAAUGGGGAUAACAAGGGGUCAGCGCUGCGGGAGGGCCCGGUCAAGUUAGGCACCCCGGUGGAGGAUGGGAUAUUUUGGAGUGAAUGGCUGGAAGAUCUCCUCCCCGUGGGCUUUACGGAGGAAUAUGCUCGUGCUUGGCGAGAGAGAGCCAGGACAUACCGGAUAGUGAAGCUGGAGCCAGGAUGCGGCAGGAUAUCUAAUCAGCUUGCCACUUUUGCAGAUGGAACCAAAGCGUGUGUGCGUUACGGGAUAAACGCGGAUCAGGUGCAAGGAGAAACUUUGACAUAUUACCUUGCCAGUUUGCUCGGUAUCACAAAUCUGCCUCCUCUCAUACUGUCUCAGCUAAACGGUGACAGUGAACAAUGGGCGGCUGUGAGGACGCGGAUAGGCGGCUUACAGUGGAGUGAUCGAGCCGUGGUGUCUCUCACCGAGUGGGUCUCCAACCUGACCGGGGUGGUCACACCUGCGCCGCUCCGACAGGAGAGCAGCGGGCUGCAUCCUGUGCUCGCGGAGCUCUGGAACAAGACGACGGCGGAGCUGCUGGAGCUAAUGCAGUGGAGCGACCUGAUCAUAUUCGACUAUCUGACUGCAAACUUCGACAGACUCGUGAGCAAUCUGUUCAGCCUGCAGUGGGAUUCGCGCGUAAUGGAGAGGGACACCAACAACCUCCUCCAAACACCCCGUGGUGACCUUGUGUUCAUAGACAACGAGGCCGGACUCGUGCACGGCUUUCGGGUGUUGAACAUGUGGGAGAAAUAUCACAAUACGGUGCUGAGCUCCGUGUGUGUGUUCAGGAAAAGGACCACGCAGCGCGUGGCGGAGCUGCACAGGCACAGAGACGCCAGGAAAAGGCUGCUGGAGCUCUACAGAGACAGCGAGCCUUUGUCUCUGGAAUUAGGAUUUCUCUCAGAGGAGCACGCUGGUGUUCUCCAGGACAGGAUAGACAGAUUAUACAAACACAUUUUGCAUUGCAAAGGGAAGUACAGCCAGCUGUGAACGUUCAGCACGCACAGGUGAUGGAUUUGUUGUCUGCACGGUAUAAUGUGCUCUGCAGACAAAAUUGGCACACCUGUGCUUAACUGAUGCGCAUUACACAAAACUGUCUUGAAUAUCCAGCUGAACUACCUCUUGUGAAUAGAAUGUGUUGCCUACUUUAUAAAUAAGUACAUUUGACACAUGUUUAUAAGCUCUCUGCUGAGAUUUCCACUGUAUGCCUCACACAGAGGAAUUAUAAAGGCCAGUCUAUCCUACUUCACCCCACAGAUGCUCACCAGAAUAGGAUUAAAUGUAAAGAGUAGGCUGUAUUUGUGACUAGGGUUUCAUAGCCCUUCAUGCGUAUUUGGAUUCUUGCCUUGUGUUCAACAAUCUUAAUGAUAAACUCCUAAGCCUUAACACAAGUUGACUCUUGAAUACUGUAUUUCUGUUGACAUCUGUCUCGCUUUUUAUAGAAAAUUGUUUGCACAGUACAUUGUCAUAGCAGCACCUGCACUCUUCGUAAUUGUGUUUGGAUUGCAUAUUUAGCCUUAAAGUCACAGGUGUAUCAUACCCAUUGUACAUGUUGUAAGUACAUUGUAAAUAUUGUCUGCCAACCUGUUUUGGAAAUUUGAAGCUCUACUAAUUUAACAUGCAUUGUAACAUUCCAAAAAUCUCUUGUCCUUUUUGAUAAAUACACUGUAAUUUAAUUUAACUGUCAUCAGACUAUGUGUUUUGUAUGCAGUUUGUACUUAACGCUCUUAUUAGAGGGCAUCAAAUAUUUACCUAGUCUGCCUCUGUACUUCCUGCCUCUGUACUUGCCCAUUACACUGCUCUCAUUGUGCUGUAGAAGUAUCUUGCACUGGCACACUGUUCCCCAGGAGCCAUUCUGUCAGCCACAGGCACGCUACAACUAGAAUCUCUAAUCCCUUUUAUAAUCUCACCCAGAAUGAUAAAGUGAAGGAGACAACUGACAUCCUUUGAAAAGGGCUUUACUGUUCC